AUGUUAUUCAGAGCCACUAGUCGCACACUCUCCAAGCUCUCCAAUUUCUCAAGAGGAUAUCUGGAUUCCAGUCUUACGCGGGUUCUCGAUGUUCAUCCGGAAGUCCUUGACGCGCUAGCCUCGAAAAAGCCCGUAGUCGCCCUUGAAACCACUUUGGUGACUCAUGGGUUUCCGUAUCCAACAAACUAUGAUCUGUCAAAUUCGCUUGAAAGCAUAGUAAGAUCGACGGGGGCUAUCCCAGCUACAAUAGGAAUCAUCGAAGGGCGGAUCAAGAUAGGGCUAGAGAUGGCAGAAGUGGAGCGCUUGGCUAAUCCUGAAAAACCUGGCUCGGUCGUGAAGAUCUCUCGUCGUGAUAUUGCCCCCGCGGUAGCCUUGAGGUCUUCCGGAGGUACCACUAUCAGCGCGACGCUAAUUUUUGCUGCUUUGGCAGGAAUAAAGGUGUUUGCUACUGGAGGUUUAGGUGGCGUGCAUCGUGGAGGAGAAUCAUCCAUGGAUAUCUCUGCUGAUCUUCAAGAACUCGCCCGUUGUCCGGUAGGCCUUGUCUCCUCUGGUGCCAAGUCUAUUCUGGAUAUUGGUCGGACCUUGGAGUAUCUGGAAACACUCGGUGUUCCUGUCAUUUCUUACGGGCCCUCGAAAGAAUUCCCAGCUUUCUUCGCUCCAAGAAGUGGUUUUCAAGUCCCGUGGAAUACCCAUUCUCCAAACACUGCUGCCAACAUACUUCACACCCAGUCACAACUCAGGAUGAACAAUGGUGCUCUAUUUGCUGUGCCUAUACCGGGUAAGUUUGAAGCUGCCGGUGCAGAGAUUCAACUCGCUGUUGACCAAGCCGUGGCCGAGUCGGAGGCGAAUGGCAUCAGCAAACGAGGAAAAGAAGCUACUCCUUGGUUGCUGAAGCGUGUCAGUGAGCUUUCGAAAGGUUCCUCGCUCGCAUCAAACAUAGCUCUACUCGAAAACAACGUUCGAAUAGGCAAUGAUUAUGUGACCGUCGGUUUUUCUGCCACUUCCGAACAAUCUUCCCGACCACAACCAUUGGCUUCAAAAAAGGAGCCUCUUACUAUUGAGAAUGACCACGCAUCACUUCUCGUAUUCGGUGCUGCAGCAGUAGACAUCUCUGCAAAUGCGUUCGAAAUGGCUCCCAACUUUGCUUCAGGUUCGACUGUUCCGGGGACUAUUGCCGUUUCUCUCGGGGGAGUGGCUCGAAACAUCGCUGAAGCCUCACAUCGUGUUUCUCCAAAAGGCUCUGUCUUGUUGGUUGCCCCUAUUGGAAAUGACGCCUUCGGACAUCUGUUGACGGAAGGAACCGCGAAUUUUGGUAUGAGGACCGAUGGUCUGUUACUACAGAAGAAUCAACGAACGGCUGUCUGUAAUAUGAUCAUGGAUAGCCAUGGUGGGUUGACUACAGGGAUAGCAGAUAUGGCAAUACUCGAAAUUGAACAAUUUCAAACCGAAGCCAUUGGAAUGAUCAAGAGAGUGAAUCCCACUUUAGUCAUCAUCGAUGGCAACUGCUCGCCAGAGAUAAUUUCAACAGUCGUAAAAUUGUGCACUGAGCAAGGCAUCAAAGGUUCCGAGCCCACGUCAGUCGUGAAGUCCACACGGAUUCUACAAGCUGUCGAAAAUGUGUCUAGCUCUGCCUCACCCAUCGAUUUCAUUUCCCCAAACCUCAUUGAGCUGCGCGAAAUAUUUGAAUCUGCGAACGAAAAGAGUUUAUCUUCAAAGCCUGACUACUGGACAGCAUUGGAUAACUUCUCCUUGACAUCGCGCUAUAGAAUGGAUCUAGAGCACCUUUCUCGCGUCAAUGUCACUGACAAAGACCCUUCAAAAGGAACAUUGUCUUUCCUCUUAGACCAAGGGGCUGCGCAAAUGGCUGUUAGACUAUUACCCUUCUUCCGCCAUAUCGUUAUCAAAUGCGGCGACAAAGGCGUCUUGGUAGCGAUGAGACAGAGUCCGACCUCACAAUGGCGUUCAGAGCAAAGCAAUAUUCAAAGACAUCAAAUUGUAAAUCACAGUGAUUCAGACACAGUUGUUCUCUCCCACUUCUCCGCCUUACCCGUGGAAAGCUUGGCCAACGUUACUGGAGCGGGAGAUUCGUUUGUAGGGGCUCUCGCCAGCUGUUUAGUGAAGCGCCCAAAUGCUUUCGACAGCUCGGAGACUCUAACCCAAGCCAUUGGGAUUGCGCAACGUGCAGCUGCCCUCACUUUAGGCAGCCCAUAUGCAGUGUCUCCAGAACUCUCGAUAUUAGAAGAGGCGAUUAAAAAUCUACAAUAUCCACAAUAA